AGGAAAUAGUAAGAGAUAAUAAGCGCGUGGAGGGAGGAGUGUCAACAUUAUAGGAACGCGAGGGUGUUGUUGUUGUGUUGUGGUGUUGCAGACGACACAGUGUUGCGGCGGUCAGCUGGGACUCCUCGCUCUCACGUAAUGAACUUGAUACAACAGUGAUGGAAGCUAAUGUACACACAUCAAUGAGAGAACGGUAAUGGUUGGCCUCUACAGCAUCAGCAAUGGCCGGAAAGCGUUUCAUAGAGGCUUACAAAAGCUUCUUCAAUCCCAAGCCAGUAAGUCCACCAUUUCUUCAUGUGUGUCAAGUUGGGGACCCAGUUUUACGAACAGCAACCAGGCCCGUGGAGGUUGAGCAUCUUGACAGCCCAGAAAUAAAGCAGGUUAUUUUACAAAUGAAGCAAGUCAUGAAGAGAUAUGACAGUGUUGGGCUGGCUGCUCCUCAAAUAGGUAUCCCAUUAAGUAUGAUUCUCUUGGAGUUUUCUCCUAAAAGAAAAGAACAGUUUGGUGCUGAAGUGUAUGCUGCAAGAGAAAUGUCUACUUUACCUCUUACAUUAGUAAUAAACCCCAAGAUGGAUGUUAUAGAUUACAGCAAAGUAGAGCUUCCUGAGUCCUGUGAAAGUAUUCGAGGCUACAGUGCUGUGGUACCAAGAUAUAAAGCUGUCAGGCUAUCAGGUAUGGAUGAGAAAGGGGAGCCUGUGCUGCUGGAGAAAAAAGGGUGGUUAGCAAGAAUCAUUCAGCAUGAGAUGGACCACCUUCAUGGAAAACUGUACAUUGAUUGUAUGACAUCAAGAACUUUCCAAAAUGAUGGUUGGCACAGAAUUAAUGUACAUCAGGGGAGAGUGAAAAUAGAAUUUCAUAAAAAGUGAAAAGUUAGGUUGAUGAUACAUACCAGAACUUCAGAGUAGUACUGUGGAUGCUGAACUCAAGGUGAACACCACUUAAUAUGGUGCUUCAUGGAAACCUGUACAGAUACAUUAGCAAUAGUUGACUUAUAUUUUUGCUGAAAUUUGGAACUCAUCCAUGGGGUGUGAUCUAUGAGGGAAGCAGUAGCGCAGUCUUUCCUAGCUGAAAGGAAGAGGGGUUUGCUGUGGAGGUGAUUGGCAAGCUUCUCACUGCAGUACAGAGCAAUGAAGAGUAGGCUGACUGGAUGUGUGGGUUGACACCUGAACCACUUUUCUAUUGUCUGUUCAUUCACGCUGCUGCUUCUCAGGGUUACAGGUACUUGAUGAAACUGUUAAACUUCUCUGAGUGAGGCUGUGAGAGAUAGUUUUGUAUAGACAGAAUAUGUAUGUAUAAAGUUAGGGAAAAACACAUUUUUUUAUAAACAAUAAAAGAUGCAAAGAGUGAA